CAAAAGUCCCUAGCUUGCCGCACCUGUCACAUUUGUAAACAAACAUCAAAAUAAUAACAAAUCAAGCAAAAUUAAUUUUCUCAAGUGUUUUUCAGUGAAAAUGUCGCAAGAUCGAUGUUUCGCCAAUCCAUUUGAUGAUUAUUCGUCAGAAGCAGCAUGUUGUGUAAUCGAAAAUGGAACGAUUAAAUGCGAUUGUAAAUUAUCGUGCGAUUUGGAGAAAAAGUGGCACGAUACGUUGGCACAGUUUAAAUAUCUUGAUUAUAAUGAUUAUUCUGUGUAUACAGGAACUUCCGGUAUUGCUUUACUGAAACUGAAAAAGGAUCCUGAAAGUAGACAAAACUUGCAGGAGGCAUUACAACUGUUGUCAUUACAUAGACUAAAAGGAAGAAGACAUACUUUUUUGUGUGGAGAUGCUGGACCCCUUGCUCUGGGUGCUAUUAUCAAUUAUAAAUUGGAAGAUAAGGCUUACUUGGACUGCAUAGAAAAGCUUAAAGCACUAUCAGAGGACGUUUUUGACCCAAGCUCAGAUUUACCAAACGAGUACCUUUAUGGUCGAGCUGGUUUUCUUUUUGCAGUUUUAUACGUCAAUAAACAUGUUUCACCUGUACCAUUUGAAGAAAGUUUUAUCAGAAAAAUAAUUGAAACAAUAAUACUUUGUGGAAAAAAUGAAGCAAAGGCUGGAAAAUUUAAAUGUCCAUUGAUGUAUCAGUGGCAUGAGAGUUACUAUCUGGGGGCAGCUCAUGGUGUGUCUGGAAUUCUCUAUUUGCUCCUUCAAGCCAAGGAGUAUUUAACCGAAAAUGAACUACAAACAAUAAUUAAACCGACUGUUGAUUACUUGGCCACUUUGAGAUUUCCGAGUUGUAAUUUUCCCUCAUCUCUGGGACGAGAUAACGACAAAUAUGUCCAGUGGUGUCAUGGGGCACCCGGCUUUUUGUAUCUCUUCACUACAGCUUACAAGGUUUUCGGUGACUGCAAAUAUCUACAACUGGCUUUGGAUUGUGGCGACGUAAUUUGGUCUCGAGGCAUAUUGAGAAAAGGGUACAGUAUCUGCCAUGGUGUCUCAGGCAAUGCUUAUUGUUUCUUAGAGUUGUACCAAACCACUGAAGAUGAAAAACAUUUAUACCGAGCUGUUCGAUUCGCAGAAUGGUGCUUCGCUUACAAUAAAAAUCACGUGGAGCACCUUCCUGAUCGCCCCCUUUCCUUAUUUGAGGGGCUAUCAGGACCUAUGUACUUGUUUUUGGAUAUUCAAAAACCGGCCGAAGCCAAAUUUCCUGGAUACACUUUGUAAGUGUGCAAUCAAAAUACGAAUAAAUAAAAUAUCCACUUUA